UUGGCCUUAUAAGCUCUAGGGUUAUGAUGCCAUAUAAAUGCGAAAGCAAGAGAUUAGGGUUUACAUGGAGAAGGAAACCUAGCUGUGUCUCUUUGGAAGGUAAACGGACAGAGGCCGCUCCCAUUUCAAGAAUAGAAGAAAAUGGCUUACGCAGCGAUGAAGCCUACCAAGCCUGGAUUGGAGGAAUCCCAGGAGCAAAUUCAUAAGAUCAGGAUUACGCUCUCUUCUAAGAACGUCAAAAAUCUCGAAAAAGUGUGUGCGGAUUUGGUUCGUGGUGCCAAGGACAAGCGGCUGAGGGUUAAGGGACCAGUAAGGAUGCCCACUAAAGUUCUUCACAUCACCACCAGAAAGUCUCCUUGUGGUGAAGGGACCAACACAUGGGAUCGCUUUGAACUUCGCGUCCACAAGCGAGUGAUUGACCUGUUCAGCUCACCAGAUGUCGUCAAGCAGAUCACUUCUAUUACCAUUGAACCUGGUGUGGAAGUUGAAGUCACCAUUGCAGAUUCUUAAAUGUCACCCCAUUUUGAAUUCUGGCUCAGAAAUUUUGGCUUAGAACAUGUGUUUUCUAGCCAUCAGGCUUUGAAAGGUAAUUGUAGGGGACUUUAUUGUUGGAAAGGGAGUUUAUUGUAGGUUAAUUGUCUUUCUUGAAAUGAGGUUUGAACAUUUUACUGUUAUACUUCGUCUUAAAUAAUUGUAAGAGAUGAUAUAUGUUUUGUUUAAGAAAAAGUUGCGACGAUGCCACUCCGAAGUUGAAAUGA